GCCUUACAUGACUUGUCAAAAUUCUGUCAAUUUCUACUGUAAUUACUUAUGCGUCAGUUUUAUUAUAAUGAAUAAAUAGAAAUACAACAGUUGUAUAACAGUGUGAGUGUGUGACUAUGUCACAACAAGCAGCUUCGUCUGCCACUGAACAGUGUGGUGUUGGCAGUGGGACUAGUAUUGGUGGCCCGAUUGGUUCUCCUAUGUCAUAUCAACCAGUGUGUCAAAGAUGUUUUAAUCCAUUGCAGUUGGAUCAAGAUUUUGAACACUUGCAAAAAACAGAACUUAUGACUUUGUUAGACGCUACCAGUGCAACUGAUGGUGAAGUGCGUGAACCGAUAAAUUUGGUACCUGUCAGAAAUCCAACAACUCCACGACCACGAUUUAUUGUACCUCCCAAUUCAGCGUUAUCCUUAUUGAAUGAUGAUGAAGAUCCUCUUGAAACUCUUCAAUCUUAUGCUGGACCGACAUCAAGCCUUGAUCAUCGAUUGAAGGUGAAUGCUUGUCUGUUUGAUGUCUUAAGCGGUCGUACUGAAGUUGACCAUCCAUUAUGCCAAGAAUGUGCUGACACCUUACUACUUGCUAAGCAACAGUGUUUAGAAUUUCAAGAAGAGGAAAUGAAGUGCUUGCAAUUUUAUUUAUCCUAUUUAGAUUCAACUGCUGGUAAAAUUGAAGCCAAGCUGAAAGCUAAACAAACUGCUAAAAUAAAAUCUGCAAAGCAUAAACAACUUAAUCUUUCAUCCGGCGAAGUGAAAAUCAGCAAAAAACAACAGGAUGAUUCAGUUGAUGAAAAGACUACUAGUAACAAUAGUUCUACUUCAGCUGUGAUUCAUGAAAGUGAUGAUAAGCCGAAAUGCAAUAAUGAUGGUGAUCGGCAUGAUGAUGAUGAGAUGUCCGGUGAGGAUGAUGAUGACGAUGAUGAUUCUGCAUUGAUUGAUUCUAUGCUACUAAGUUAUGCCUUUGAUGGAGAAGACGACAAUAGUGAGAAUUAUUUUGACAAUGCUGGUGACAAUGAUGAUGAUGAUGAUGAAGACGCCGGCGGCAAUAAUGAUGAUAAUUCAACAUCUGUUGAUGAUAAAAUCAGUGCAGAAUUGAAAAAGUUAAACAUAAAACCAAAUAGUAAAAAAUGUGGUACAAAUGUUAAAGAACUUGAAAAGACAUUAAGUAUGCUACAGGCAAAUUUGAAUGAACUUCUACUUGAAAGUGAAAAAUUAGAUAAGCAAAUUAUUCAUGAUACAGCAGAGUUGGAAAGACGUACAGAAGAGCUAGAUAGAGCUACAACUCAAUACAAUGAUCAAAAAUUAGCUUUAAUGGAAGCUGAAGAAGAAAUGCAGUGUUUAGAAUCUCGACUCAGCUAUGCUCGGAGUCAUUUACGUCGGUUACAACGUACAAAUGUGCUUAAUGUUGCUUUUCCUAUUUGGUAUGAUGGUCAUAUUGGCGUGAUAAAUGGUCUACAUCUUGGCCGGUUGCCUAAUCGUCCUGUUGGUUGGGAAGAGAUAAAUGCAGCUUGGGGUCAAUGUGCAUUAUUAUUGCAGUGUAUCUCAAAAAAGUUAAAUUUCACUUUUCAAAAUUAUCGUGUUGUACCAAUGGGAAGUCAAUCAAAAAUAAUUCAAUUAUCAAUAUCUAAAGAAUUUCCACUGUAUUAUACUACAGGUGGGAUGCGUUUGUUAAGCGCUGGCAAAUUCGAUACAGCUAUGAUAAAUUUCCUCGAUUGUGUAAAUCAAGUUCAAUGCGUAAUUGAACAUUCAUCUAACAUACAACUACCUUUUCGUAUUAAAGAUAAAGGAAAACUACAAGAUUCUGAUGGUCAAGUUUAUUCAAUCAGAUGGAAUGGUAAUUCUGAAGAAAAUUGGACAAAAGCUCUGAAAAUGAUGCUUAUCAAUAUGAAAUGGAUUAUAGCAGCUUUAUCUGCACGAAAGAGUAGAAAACGCUUGCCGACAAUAACAUCUGGGACACCGAUACCAACAACCUCCAGUGUACAGUCGGGUAGUAAUACCAGUGAAACAUGAUACCUAUAUAUAUACAGAAACAUGAGAAUUAUACAGAAUUGUUGAAAGUCAAUUCACUUGUCAUACACAUAUACACAUUUCUUUACUUCAUUCUGUCAGUAUGGUAAAAUGAGAUGCGUUUCUGCUUUUUACAAACUGUCUUUCAUUAUUCAUACUUUUUCUAUUUUAUGGCAUUCUCUAUGGAUGAGUGGGUGGGUGAGUAACCAACAUGCAGUGUUAUACUAACAUACAAUGUGGUCAUUUAUAUUAUGUAUAUCAACAUACUGUACAUAUAAAACGAAGUACUAGGGAAAAUAUGAGAUUAGCUUUGCGUGUGUGGGUGUGUUUGCGUGUAUUCUGUCAUUUGACGCUAAUUAUGAAUUUCUUUGUCUUCAUGAGAUAGAUUGCUUCUUGUGAUUAUCUUGACCAUUUUAAAUAUGCAUAUAUUUUAUUUUUUUUUAAAGUCAUGCUUUUUUUGUUUUAUUGGUUAUUUUUGGCCUAAAGGAAGGUGUCUAGUAAACAAACAUUUUGACAGAUAUCUUAGUGUUUACAAAAACUGUCUGAGGGAAAAUAUAUGCACAACGUGGAAGUUGUUAACCUUAGCCUCCUACAACAUGUUUGACUUUCAGCUAUUAGACUGUUAUGAGCUAAAAUGUCACUACACACAUAUAUAUAUAUAUCGAGAUUUAUUUAACCAGUUAGUAUCAUCAGUUCAUACACGAUAAAUGUAUCACCCUGUCUGUAGGGUAUAUAACAUGUUCCAAAUCAAUUGGUAUAUGAUUAAAAGGUGAGGUUCUGUGCUUGUUGAUGCCUAUCGUAUCCUUUUCGAUUUUGGAGAAACUUAUGUUCUACAAGAAAAUCGAAUUUGUGUCAUUCAUUUGACAAAGCCAUAAACUUUUAGCCGUUUGUUUUUUGUAGACUAUAAAUGCCUUCCUUUCAAAACUGUAUCAUCCAUCCAUAACGAAUUCCCAUUCAGUGUUAAGUUUUGCUUUGAACUGUUACUAAAGUGGGAACUGUUCAGUGUGACUGUUGAUUUGGAUUUUAUCUCAUUGGUAUUGGAACACAUUAAACACUUUUUUAAAUAGCAUAAUUAGCGUUUUUUUAGACACAAUUGAUUAUUUUCUACAACUUCUAUGUCCUCUAAGCAAUUUAUUUAUGAAUCGCAAGGAAAGUGAUAAAAAAUGGUUCUCGAAGUCGUCACCAAUGCGGUUCACCAUGCCAAGGUGAAGCGGAUGCCCAUUGAAGACAUUGGUGAGGGUAGCGCUAUAUCACAACUUGACAAAGUCGAUGAAUUCCACUCAAAGUGGGUUGAAUGGUCAACGAGCUUGAUCUGGUAAUCUGAAAGUCCAGUGCUCGAUCUCUGGUGCGAUCGUGGGUCUCAAAAUAGGUCGAAAAACUUGUUGAUUCGUGAUGAAAUUGAACAACUGAAAUUAAUUUAAUCUAUUUCCCAUAAUUUGUAUAUUUAACUUUUGUUUCUUUUAUAACUGUCUCUUUAUAUGUGAAUACUUGCG